GGUAUCCUCGUCAUCUCGGCGCGCAAGGGCGAGUUCGAGACGGGCUUUGAGCGUGGUGGCCAGACGCGCGAGCACGCGAUGCUUGCCAAGACGCUCGGUAUCAACAAGCUCGUCGUCGUCAUCAACAAGAUGGACGAAGCCAAGUGGGGCAAGGAGCGUUUCGACGAGUGCGUCGACAAGCUUCGCCCGUUCCUCCGCAGCUGCGGCUUUGCCGUCAAGCGUGAUGUCGCCUUCAUCCCGAUCUCGGGCCUUUCGGGCGAAAACAUCAAGACCAAGGUCGAGUCGUCGGUCGCGCCGUGGUACGAUGGCAUGUCGCUCAUCGACCACCUCGACACGAUGGCGAUCCUCGGCCGCAACCCGCAGGGCGCGCUCCGUGUCCCUGUCCUCGACCGCUACCAGGAGCGCGGCACCAUCGUGCUCGGCAAGGUCGAGUCGGGCGUCCUCACGACGGGCCAGAAGCUCGUGAUCAAGCCGACCAACACGCGAACGACGGUCGCCCAGGUGUACAUCAACGAAAAGCCCGUGCGCACGGCCAAGCCCGGCGAGAACGUGCUCAUGCGCCUCACGUGCAACCUCGAAGACCUCCAGAAGGGUUUCGUGCUCUGCCCGGCGCCGGCCGAGGACGUCAAGCCUGUCACGAGCUUUGUGGCGCAGAUCGCGUUUGUCGACAACUUGGAGCACCGCCCGCUGCUCACGGCGGGCUACAAGGCCAUUCUGCACAUUCACACGAUCGCCCAAGAGUGCACGAUCUCCAAGCUCCUGCGCCCCGUGGACCCCAAGACGGGCGAGAUCCUCAAGAAGAAGGUCAUGUUUGUCAAGACGGGCCAGAGCGUCGUGUGCCGCAUUGAAGUCGACCAGAGCAUCUGCAUUGAGACGUUCGAGCACAUCCCGCAGCUCGGCCGCUUGACGCUCCGCGACGAAGGCAAGACGAUCGCGAUCGGCAAGGUCAUCAAGCUCGAGCCCAAGGAGUAAAUGACGAGGACGAGGAUGAUGAUAAUGAACAUGACGUACGGUCUA